UUCUGUGACGAGCCAGAAAAGUAAUGAUUGAACCAAAUGAAGCAAUGUCAGGUAAAUGCUUCUUUAGACGUAGACCAAGAUUGGCAAGCAAACUUUAUACCUCACCAACACAAGUCUCUCUGAAUGUAGCGAAGACAGUCUCAGAGAAGAAGGAAGUCUCUUCAAGAAAUAUUGAAAAUAAAUUCUCUUCAAAGAAUACUGAAAAUAGAGUAUCUUCAAAGAGUAUUGAAAAUAAAGAUAUAGAAACAAAUCUGCAGUCUAAGCUAUGGUCAUCUUCCUUUUUGAAAGAAAGCACAGGUGAAAUGAGCAAAAAUGUAAUUAUUGCAGAGCAGGAGAAAAAUAGUGAAUAUUGCCCUGAGGAUAUUGAUAAGUUGUCUGAAUCAACAGACGAUGAUGGUGAGGAUGAUACCAAUGAUGAGGGUGAUGAGGAAGACAGCACCCCUAAUAAGGAUACUCAUGCCCCAUUAGAGUUAAUGACAGAGUUCCUGAGAGCAGAAAUGGGCCAAGACUACCAGUUGGCAAAAAAAUUAUGUCAGAUGAUCCUAAUCUAUGAACCAGAAAAUCCUGAGGCCAAGGAGUUUUUCUCACUUAUUGAAGAAAUGCUGCUGAUGGAGAAAGCUCAAAAUCUUGAGGAAGAUGAUGGGGAGAGUGAAGACGACAGUAGCAGUGAGAGUGAAGGGGAGAGCACUGAGGACCCAAGUGAAGAAAGCUCUGAUGAAUGUGAAGAUGGGUGAUGACAGUUGCUGCUGUAGUUUAAUCUUUGUGUAUGUUCAUUACGGUAUACUAUGGAAAUAUAACGAGGAAAGCUGCAUUUCAGUCUGUUCUUUAUUUGGUACACAGUUCUUUUAAUUUAUCCAUAUUAAUUUGAGCUCAUUCUUAAUAUUUAGAUUUUAGCUCAAUGUGAGCUACUUAGGGAGGGAAGUAGUCAUUGAAAACACUUACAUAGCACUAACUAUGUGCCAGGUGCUGUUCUACAUACAUUAAUUUGUUGAGUCCAACAAACCCAUGAGGUUAGCACUACUAUUAUCCCCAUUCGACAGAUGAGAAAACUGAAGA